GCUUGGAAGAAAUCAUCUAUUAAUCAUUUAUUUACUUAUUCUGUGAGAUGUGUGAUAUUAACAGACCUUUUCUCUUUUUUUACAGAUUUAUUGCUGCUGAACUUCUCUGCGCUCUGCAAGAUCUGCACGGACGUGGUAUCAUUCAUAGAGACUUGAAACCCGCCAACAUACUGCUUGACGGCACCGGCCAUGUAAAACUCGCAGACUUUGGCCUUUCUAUAGUUGAUGUGUUUGGAUCCAAGAAAGUGUAUAGUUAUUGCGGUAGUGAAGACUAUAUGGCACCAGAGAUUCACCAUAGAAAACCCUACGAUGCUACGGUCGACUAUUAUGCACUUGGUGUUAUCCUGUUUGAAAUGGCCACAGGAGAAGAAGCAGAAUUAGCCAAAUGCAGGAAAUCACUCUAUCCAAAGAACAUUGACCCUGACCUUCCAGAUGUCAUUGAGAAACUUCUUAAAAAAAAUCCAAAAGUUCGCGGGACGGCAGUAAAAAGACUGCGAGAACACCCCUUCUUCAGAUCAAUUGAGUGGAAGAAGCUGGAGGAAGGAAAGGUUACCCCACCAUUGUGGAUGCCAGAAUGCCCAGAAAAAGACACAAAUGAGCAAAUAGGAGUAAAGGAACUGAUUUACUACAGAGGAAAGAACGAGAAGAAAAUUGCAAAUUCGAAACAGAGAUUGUUUGAUGGCUUCAGCUUCAUAAGCAGGAAAUGGAAAAAAGAUGCUGAACAGGAAAUGAAAGAAUUAAGCGGCUGACUUUUGAGAUAGGGGCAGAUAGGGGUGAUAUGGGGCAGGUUAGGGUUAUAUAGGUCAGUUUGGGGUAGUAUAGGGCAGGUUGGGUUGGUAUAGAGCAGGCUAGGGAUGUA